AUGGCAACAAUCGUCGUUGACUUUCAAAAAAUUCAUUUUCAUCCUCAGAUCCUCUUAUCCAUAUUCACAGUCAUUUGCAUCUUUGUAUUCUUCUUCAAGAAGCCAAAGGGCUCACGAGGCUGUGAUCUGCCUCCGAGCCCUCCUUCUCUUCCGAUAAUCGGACAUCUUCACCUUUUACUCUUUGAUCUACCUCACAAAGCCUUUCAGAAACUCUCCUCUAAGUAUGGACCUCUUCUCUGUCUCCGCAUCUUCAAUGUCCCCAUAGUCCUGGUCUCCUCUGCCUCUGUGGCCUACGAGAUCUUCAAGACGCAUGACGUGAACAUCUCAUCCCACGGCCACCCUCCGAUUGACGAGUGUCUCUUUUUUGGGUCUUCAAGCUUUGUAAUGGCUCCUUAUGGAGAUUACUGGAAGUUCAUGAAGAAGCUCAUGGUCACAAAGCUGUUCGGACCUCAGGCACUCGAGCAGUCACGAGGCGCCCGUGCAGAUGAACUAGAACGGUUUCACGCAAACCUGCUUAGUAAGGAAAUGAAAAGCGAGACUGUCGAGAUUGCUAAGGAAGCAAUAAAGCUGACUAACAAUAGCAUCUGCAAGAUGAUUAUGGGUAGGGGUUGUUUAGAGGAGAACGGUGAGGCAGAGAGAGUUAGGGGAUUGGUCACCGAGACAUUUGCCUUGUUUAAGAAACUUUUCUUGACACAAGUGUUACGCAGGCUGUUUGAGAUACUCAGAAUCUCACCGUUCAAAAAAGAGACACUGGAUGUUUCCCGCAAAUUCGACGAGCUUCUUGAAAGGAUUAUUGUGGAACACGAAGAGAAAACGGACUAUGAUCAUGGUAUGGACCUGAUGGAUGUGCUGUUGGCUGUUUAUCGAGAUGGAAAGGCAGAGUAUAAGAUCACUAGGGACCACCUCAAGUCCUUGUUCGUGGAGCUUAUCCUUGGAGGCACUGACACCUCAGCGCAAACAAUCGAGUGGACAAUGGCAAAGAUCAUUAAGAAGCCUAACAUUCUUGAGAGAUUGAGAAAAGAAAUCGAUUCUGUUGUAGGCAAAACAAGGUUGAUUCAAGAGAAGGAUCUACCGAACCUCCCUUAUUUGCAAGCGGUCAUCAAGGAAGGGCUAAGAUUACACCCACCAGCACCUCUCUUGGGAAGGAAAGUCACAGAUGGAUGUACGAUUGGAGGCUGUUACGUACCAAAGAACACAACACUUGUUGUUAAUGCUUAUGCCGUGAUGAGAGAUCCCGAUUCUUGGGAAGAUCCUGAUGAGUUUAAGCCAGAGAGGUUUCUAGCUUCUUCAAGAGGAAAAGAAGAGGAGAGAGAGCAAGAACUUAAGUACAUUCCUUUUGGCAGCGGAAGAAGAGGAUGUCCUGGAGUAAAUCUAGGUUAUAUAUUUGUAGGAACCGCAAUAGGAAUGAUGGUGCAUUGCUUUGACUGGAGAACCAAUGGAGAUAAGGUCAACAUGGAAGAGACUGUUGCUGGAAUUACCUUAAACAUGGCUCAUCCUCUUAGGUGUACUCCUGUUUCUCGAAUGCAACUGCAGAAAUCGCAGUUCGUGAGUUCAUGAAUUUUGAUUAGUAAACAAAGAAGCUUUGCAUUUUAUGUUUCCAUGUCUAAGUUUUUUCCGGUCUAGUUGGUUACUUUUGGUUUAUUGUGAAAACCUAUAAACAGUUGUGUAUUGUUCUUCUGUUGAGUUGUGGAUCGGUUUCAUAUUUAAUGACUUUCAAUUUUAUUUUAUUUUUUUGUCAUCCAAUUUUUAUUAGAGCUCAAACAAGUCAAACCUGAGGAAUGUUGUUUACAUAAGUGACAUGAAGCGG